AUGAGUGCCACUCUGAAGAGAACUGCAAAUGGUGUGAAGGAGGUUAACAAGAGGGCGAAAUAUGGGGAAGACGAGCUUGUUGGUGGUGGGAGUGGGAGUGAUGAGGAGGAGAGUGGAAGCGAUGAUGAUGGAAGUGAUGAUGACGAUGAAGAAGAUGACGAUGAUGAUGGUGGAAGUGAUGAUGACGAUGAAGAAGAUGACGAUGAAGACGAUGAAGACGAUGAUCCUAAUGACUCCAGAACUGUGGAGCAAACCCAUACACUGGAGCAGAAAAUCCUCGCUCAAGAACGAAAACUCGGCUCACAGAUGAAAGCUGACCGUGCUAAGGUUGUUCGUGAAGGCGGACUGGGAAUGGCCACUGACUAUUUGAAACAUAUCAACGCCAUCUUCCAGGAAAAGGAACAGCAUCGUCUGGAAAAUAAGACCUUGGAAUUGUACGAUGCCAGAAACUUUGCGGAUUCUGGUGAUUUGGUGGACAUUGCUGUUAGAAAUAUCAAAGUCGGCACCACUGAUAACCAUUUGAAGCCAGAUGAUUUCAUCAAGAGGAUGAGAAUCUUCCUCCUGGGGUCUGCAAUGAAACAGGAUAUCGACGCCAAUGACGAUAAAGAGGCCUGGUUACAGGCGAGACACUCAUUCGAGCAGUUCAACUGGCUCACAUUUGGAACACUGUUCUAUUCCCGUGGUAUGAGACCAGGGCUUUGCGACCACCUCUUGGGUCCCCUCGACAUCGAAAAGAAGGUACGAGAAGUUAGGGUCCAUCAGAGACUGGUAACCACUGACAAUGUCACCACGGCGGAGGAAGUCACAUCCGAUGAUGUAAAUAACAACGCUACUGAUCAUACAACACUUGCAGUGCAAAAUGCGUUUAAGGUGUUCUGUCAAAAAUCUAGAGGGGAGCCGGUUAACAUCUUCAAGUUCUUUAUCAAUCCAACAAGCUUUCCUCAAAGCGUGGAAAACAUGUUCUAUACAAGCUUCUUGCUAAAGGAUGGGAGGAUUAAACUCGACGAAGACCCUCAAGGUUACCCAACGAUAUCAUUGCCACCUCCUUUACCGAGAGAUCCUAGAGAGGCAGAGCAAGAGAGACAACGCCGUGUUGAUAUGAACUCGAAUCAUUUCAUAUUCCAAUUGGAAUAUUCAAGUUGGAAACUACUGAUUGAUAAGUUUAACAUAACAGAGUCAUUCAUACCAACACGACAAGAAGAUGGAGUUGUCCUUUAA